CGAAAGUCCUUACUGUCGCUAGCUUCACGAUGCUUUCAUAAACACAAGCAGGAACAACAGGUCGGAGUUGCAUCUUCCUUAUUUUCUGCAGGCUGGAGUGCAGCUUGGUUAGUGAAUAUCCGGACAACAUUAACAAGAGAUGUUUCUGUACCUCCUUGGGCUGGUGGCUUUCUUAUUCCUGUACCGCUGGUACAGAGAAAGGGACAGAGUUGGAAAUGAAAAUGACAAAUAUGUCUACAUUACUGGAUGCGACUCUGGGUUUGGGAACGCGCUGGCGAAACACCUUGACAAGAUGGGCUACCGCGUUAUGGCCUCCUGUUUCACCGAGAAGGGCGAGGAUGAGCUCAGGAAAGCCUGCUCAGAAAGACUGACCGCCUUCCACUUGGAUGUCUCAAAUACAGAGAGUGUCAACAAAGCAGCAGAGUUCAUAAAGAACCACGUUGGGGAAAAAGGUCUGUGGGCUCUGGUGAACAACGCUGGAGUUGCCCUGCCUUCAGCGCCUUUCCAAUGGCUGACCAUUGAGGACUUUAGGUCGAUGCUGGACGUCAAUCUGUUUGGGGUUAUCGCAGUGACGCUCAGUGUUCUCCCGCUGAUUAAAAAAGCGCGGGGCCGGGUGGUGAAUGUAUCCAGUGUAGCUGGAAGGGUCAGUUGUCAUGGUGGACCCUAUUCAAUUUCCAAGUAUGGAGUAGAAGCCUUCAAUGAUGAUCUUAGGAGAGAAAUGCUUCACUUUGGUGUUAAAGUGCUGUGCAUUGAACCUGGGGCAUUCAAAACAUCUAUAUUUACUCAGAAUGCUGUAGAAAGAAAGAAAAAGGAACUCUGGGACAGACUGCCUCAAGAGAUGAAAGAAGAAUAUGGAAGUUUGUAUUUGGAUAAAGUGAUGACGAAGCUGAAGAACUUUGAGAAGAUGAUGAGUACAGACCUGAUGAAAGUGGUGAGCUGCAUGGAGCAUGCCAUCUCUGCUGUGCAUCCUCGAACCCGGUACUUAGCUGGCUGGGACGCUAAGUUUUUCUGGCUGCCUCUUUCGUACAUGCCUACAUUUGUUACUGAUUACGUGUUCUACAGACUGGCUGUCAAACCAGAGAAAGCAGUUAUGUAGCUCACUUGUUCACUGUCUGCUGUUGAUGGGGUUAAAAUGUGUGGAAAAUGUGAUGUAAGUGCUCGAAGGGAUUGCCCCACUGUGGGACAUGCAUCUUGCGUGAACCUUCUGCAGAAUAAAGAACACUGAUUUAUA